CAAACACACACCAAAUACCCGCGCACGUUGCCGCACACCACAGACACCCCCUGAGGCCGUCAGCGUCAAGACUUCCUUCGCCGUCGCAUUGUGUCGCAUCGGCACCUCGGUCUCUCUGAUUCAACCACCCACGCCAGUCAGUCACACGUGUGUGUGCGAUGAACGUGUCCAACGUCACCUACGCGGCGACGGCGCUUGUGCGCUCCUUCCACAAGGCGCCCCACUAUGACUUGGCGUUUCGUCCCAUUCCGCACACGUUUGCGCCAGGGGAAACGCGAUACCAAGAAGCCCUUGCCCAAAUUGCCUGGCCGCUCUUCGUUGUCGUUCUUCUCUUCUGCGUCUGGCGGCUGGUCCGCAGGUGCUGUUGCAAGAGCCGCACCGAUUCCUUAGCCACACUGCAGGACCUCACGUGCCCCCGACUUAUGCUUUACCUCAUCGCCAUCGGCACAGCGGCCGCCAUUGCUGUGAGCUUCAAGGCAAACGACGACCUGAACAACGGCGCAUCAGACCUUCGCGCACGCACGACGGAUGCCGACACCAUCUUGCAGGGCAUCAUCAAUGCGUCCGCCACCGCUGGCAAUGCCUCGCUCGGCCUGUCUUUCAUUGUCGCAAACACAGACUGGUCGUCAUACUCUUCGUCUGUGCAAAUGCAAGCGACGGAAAUGGCGGCCGAGCUGCGCACCUCAGGCAUCAACCUGCACACCAUUGGGCAGUAUGCGGACUCAUAUGACCCGACGCAGUUCAAUGCCGACAUCAAGGACGUCAACCACACCCGCAACCUCGCCACCAUCGCCUUCACCGCCCUGGUCCUGGGUCUCCUCUCCAUCGACGUUGCCAGCGUCGUGUGCAAAAGCCUAUUUGCCAUGCAAGUGAGCCAGUUUCUUGGAUACGUGUGCUUCGUUAUCCUCGGCUUGCUCGCAGGCAUCGAGCUCGCGCUAAGCGUGGGCGUCGCAGACUUUUGCGCCGAUCCUGGCAGAUACAUUGUGACGGAAGCUGGCGGCCCUGAGACGAUUGCUGGAUAUUAUGUCGCCUGCCCCCAGGACAAGAAUCCAUAUGCGCAGUUCUUUGUUUCCGCGGCUGAUGCCCUCAACUCCAGCAGCAUCUUGAUUCAGCGUAUUGAGCAGGAGACGGGCGACACGUUUCCGAACAUCACGCGCGGCAUCGCUGUCCUGGGCGCCGGUGUGCAAGGGCUUGAGGCCUCGCUGACAUGCGAUGCUUUGCAUGAGCAGCUCAUCCAUGGCAUCACCAUUGCCUGCAUCACCGGAUUCGAGGGCGCCGUGUCGCUGUUGUUUAGCCACGCCACAGCAGCAUUCCUCUUUGCGUUUAUUCUCCUGUUGCUCAGUCACAUCAUUGCCAACACAUACGACGACAUGAGCCUGUACAUGGACGAGUACACGCCCCUCUUCUCCAACCCGUCGCGCGAAACCAAGAUUCCCUGAGCCGCUUUGCCGCCGCUUUGCCGCCGCUUUGCCUUCCUGCCUUCUUUCACCUAGCUCCUCCUCACCCGUGCAUUGUAGAUGUGUGUGUUCUUGUGCGUUGCGGGUGUGUGUGUGUGCGUUGCGGGUACGUGUGUGUGUGUGUGUGUGUGCGUUGUACGAGUGCAUGGUGUGUACCAUCAUCACGUCCACCACUGUGGCGAGCACACACACACACUGUGAUGUGAAUCUGUCCACUGCCCCUUUUCCCCCUUCUGCUGUUACCAAUUUGUGCUGUCGCAUAAGGUUAUUCUCAUGGCAAAUUUUCCAAUGGCACAAUCGGUGGAGGCCGAAAAAUCAGUGGCCAGCCAAUACACACGCAAACUUCCCGAA